GUACACUUUCUUUCUCGACCUCCAAAAACAACCAAGAAAUCUCACGACGCGUCCUCCUCCCACUCCUCUCCUCCCCCUCUCGCCAUGGCCGGCCGCCUCCUCGCCGCCCCUCUCCUCCUCCUCGUGCUCCUCCAGCUCCCGGCGCCGUUGCAGGUGUCCGCGUACCCGCUCACGGCGGUACACUCUGGUCGGUGCCCGAGGCCGGAGGAGAGGCCGCCGCCGUUCCUCCAGGGGCUCCGGGGAACCUGCCGCACCUCGACGGAGGGACAGCUGGCCAAGGAGGUUAAUGGGGAGGAACUUAUCAGAGAAUUGGGUGGAAAGGAGUACACUGCUGUCCUCUUCUAUGCAUCAUGGUGCCCUUUCUCUCAUAGAAUGAGACCAAUCUUCGACGAUCUUAGCUCAAUGUAUCCACAUAUUAAGCACUUGGCUGUAGAACAGUCCAACGUGAUGCCAACAGUUUUAUCAAGAUAUGGUGUCCGCAGCCUUCCUUCUAUACUAAUAGCUCAUGAGUCAUAUGCGUUCUGGCCUCUUGUUGCUAAAGAUCUCAACUCACUGGUCAACUUUUACUCUGCUGUUACUGGACAAGAACCAGUUGCAUAUCUUGGUCCGCGGAAGUGGAACACAACCGGAAGAAGCACACAGUAUGCGAAGCUGUGGAAUGGUUCAGUCAGCGAAUCAGUGAAGAGCGAGCCCUACCUAGCAUUCAGCAUCCUCUUUAUUUGCCUAAGGAUAUUUUUGUUCUUCUUCCCAAAGUUCUUCGCCUGCAUCAAAGGCUUGUGGACCCAAUACUUUCGGCACGCCAACUUUGGAGUGCUUGCCAAAUUGACCCAGCUGCUCGAAUGUGUGCCCCAUGCCGUGGAUGUAAGGAAGUUGUGGAGCAAAUGGAGGCUCAUGGUUGGAGCCAUAAACACGAGAGUCUGGGCAUCAUCUCUAGCUUCUGUGUCUCUUGGUGGGCAAUCUUCUCCCCGAGCUGCUAGGUUGGAUUGAUGGUUUGGACUUUAACAUUGAGCGGGAGAGCAUGCGGGCUGUUUGAAUUGCGCUGGAUGUGGAAGCUCCUGUGACUCACAUGAAAAUGUAGUGAAACAUCUUGUUUGUAGCAUGUAAAUCUUAGGGAUACUGCUGAGCCUGUGUAGAUCACACUGUAACAUUAAUCAUGAGUACCCAUUGUCAUAGUUUUGAGCAACUGGGCACACAGCAUAAGCCUUGUACUAUUUUUCACAUGUAAUCUGCAAUUGCAGUAUGACAUUUCGACCUAUGUUUCCAUAUAGUACCAUCUGUCUUCUGGCUUCAGCAA